GAUUGUUGUGCGUAUUCAACGUACUUACAAUGUCAACGGCUAAGUGAUAUAGCGUGAUACCAUGUGUGUGCAUCGAAGAAGUGAUUUCUACUUACUAUUAUGAAAAAUUAAUGAUAGAAAUGCAUUACACGCGUCAUAUUAUCGAAUUUAUGGUUAAAGUUCGAAUGAAUUGAUAUUCGCAACGAUACAAGCAUUGUAAAAUUGGAAUAAUCGAUAAAAAGUUGUCGCGAACCUGUUGGCGUGGUUUGUAUACAUGACGAAAUAUUUUCAUUUCUCUUAAAACGAAUUCUACAUCAAUUUGAAGAUGACAUCGUUAUCGUUGCUGGCGAGUCACGAUGAAGUGGUUCGAUGUAUGAAUGUACACCUAAACGGAGCUUGCGAAGAAGAAUUUCUAAAGUUUGCUGUAAAUCAGGAAGAAAUGAGACAGAAAUGGUUAGCAUCUAUACAAGAAUGUCAACGUCUUCAUUCAGCUUUAGAGAAAUCUCACCAAGAGGCGGCUGACUUAGAUAAAAAAUUAAGUCACGCUAGAAGACUUCUAGAUGAAGAGAAAAGGAGAAGGCGUACCGUUGAAGAACAACGAAAUUCAUUGGAAAAACAAAUUGCUAUGGUCAGAGAUCUUUUAUUUAAUGAUGGUGGGAGAAAUAUAAACGAUGAAACCCGCGAAAAAUUACAAUUUUUGAAUAACACUACGUUAAACGGUCGUCACAGUAAUAUAUAUAAUAUUAAGGAUGUACAUCAAAAUGACAAACUAAAUACUAUAGCGGAGCUGGACUCCACUGGCUCUAUUUUAAGCGACUUAAGUUGCUUUUCAAAGUCAGAAGAUGAUUUAGAUAUUAGUGCAAUCAUUCAACAAAAUCAUAAGAAACGUGAAUGGAAAGAGCACAGACCAAGUGGUGAAUAUUCCACGAAAAAGCGACGUAGUACGGUACAAAAAGCUGCAGAAUUAACUUCGUCUGAUAGAAUAGUAGCCACAACUACAGUAGUGGUGCCAAAAGAUGGCAAUAUCACUGCAUCUUCUGUAAUUGAAGCUAUACCUGGGGAUGAAAACAUAGAUCCACAGGAACCUUUACAUAAUUCGCGUAAAAGACGUAAAAGUGGUGAUCGUAGUAGAUCAAAAUUGACACCCGUUGAUACGAACGAUAUUCAAAUGGAUACUGCUCCUUCUGCGCCAAAAAUAGAAGCUCUUACAUCAGGAUCGGAUUCUGAGGGCGUUUUUAAACCUAGUCCAAACAUAGGCGGAUAUACAUUAAAUACGAAAUCGGCUAGAGGGCAUAGCUUUGUAGCGAAGACGGUAAUUAAACCGGAAGUUUGUACACCAUGUGACAAGAGGAUUCGAUUUGGAAAGGUAGCCCUGAAAUGUAAAGACUGUAGAGCUACGGCUCAUAUGGAAUGUAAAGACUUAGUUCCAUUACCAUGCGUACCUACUGGAAAUACACCUACGCUACGAGGAACAUCGGGAACGAUAGCAGAUUAUACACCGAUGAUCCCGCCAAUGGUACCGUCAUUGGUUGUUCAUUGCAUCAACGAAAUAGAAUUGAGAGGAAUGAGCGAACAAGGAUUGUACAGGGUAAAUGGCGGUUUAACGGAGGUAAAAUGUCUGAAAGAGAAAUUCCUUAAAGGCAAAGGUGCCCCCAAUCUUUCCGAUGUCGAUAUAUCUACAAUAUGUUCUACUCUUAAAGAUUUCCUUAGAUCGUUACGAGAGCCUUUAAUCACUGUCGGAUUAUGGGCAGACUUUGUUCGGGCAACUACUAUUACUGAUAAACAAGACGCUGAUGCUGCUUUAUAUCAAGCAAUUUCUGAACUACCUCAACCUAACAGAGACACGCUUGCCUUUUUAAUCUUGCACUUGCAAAGAGUAUCGAGUAGCCCAGAAUGUAAAAUGCCAAUAACUAAUUUAGCUAAAGUUUUUGGGCCUACUUUGGUCGGCUAUAGUUGCCAGAAACCAUCACCCAAUUCUCUUCUUUCAGAGACAAGUAAUCAAGUCGCUAUAGUGGAAAAUUUAUUGAAAAUUCCUUCAGAUUAUUGGGCAAAUUUCGUUAAUCCCGAAAAUCUAAACAAUAUUGGUACUCAUAGAACUGGUGAAUUACAGCAUACACCAUCUCAGGAAUCUUUACUUAAACGCAGCAUUUCCCGUGGCUUCUUUAAUACUCCACUUACUUCUAGUCGGACAUUUAUGAGGAAGAACAAGAAAUACUUCGCGGCAUCUCCCUCUAGAGUAGCUUACUGACAAGAAUAGGAGGCGUAUAUUCUGAGAUUCAUGGAUAGAGAUGAUAAUGAUUUCAUUGACAUCCGGAUCAGCGUACUGAGGCUACAGGAUGCGAGGAUGUACCUGGUUAGUGAGGACAAUCAGGCUCGUGCUGUGCCUGCGUCUGGUCAAGUGAGAGGCAGGAUCUCUCUGGGAAACACCACCUAGAGUCGAAGGAUUCUGAAACAUAUCAUGCUAAAUGCCCUCUCCUAACAUUCCACUCAUCUAUUUCUACCUACGAUUACGUGUACAUCUCUCUCGUGUAACUGCGUAAUUUUGACAUCGACACUCGCCAUAGCUAUAAAUACUAGUUCAGAGAUUGUUAUUUGAAAAUAAUUAGUCUGUACGUGAUAAAAUAUCGUCAAAUUCGAGUAGGUAAUAGGCCACCGUAAGUGAUUUAUCGAGUGACAAAUAAGCUUGUGAAGAAAUCGUGCUCUUUUUUUUAAACUUAAAUUAACCCUCGUGUUACUGUUUGUUGCGUCCUGCACAUUUAGUGAAACCACUGAAAGAAACACGCUAUAAAUUACAAUGGCGCUGCGUUAAAACUCUUGCAAAACAAAAACUGCGAAAUAAAGAAAAAUAAAUGAAAAUUACAACUCUUGAUAUUAAACGAACUAAUCGAUAUUCGAAACUAACAAAAGCACCAAAAUUGCGUUACUUAGGCGUCGUACAUCAGGCAUGCGACAGUCAAUUCUAGAGUGCAAAAGUACAGCGCAAUAUGGUACAAAAUAGAUCGUUAGUUAAACCCAAAGUAAAACGUAAUGUUCUAGUUUAGGGGAAAAAAAAAAAAAAAAAAAAAAAAAAAAAAAAAAAAAAAAAACCCAGGGAAUAAUAGCGAAACAUCUAUCAAUUGGAUUUUACUCAACCUUCCUCUUUUCGAUAAUUUCAAUCGAUUUAAAAAGUUUAUGUUUUACAUCUUUCAAUUCCCAUAAACUGAAAAGUCAGGCUAUGUUAUAUAUUAGAAAAAUUUUAUGCAAAAGUUACCCAAUUUUUGUUCGGAUUCGGGCGGCGUAUUUUAUUCGGCCACAGCUCGAUGAACCGUAAAAAUCCGUCCAAGAGAGACACUUGUUCGGAAGUGGUGAGAGGUGUAUAUAUAUCACAUCUUGAUGAUCCCUCUAAAAAUUUUCGAGUAGCCGAAUUGUGCAAAGGAAGUAAAAACACGCGAAAUCUCCAGUAUUUAAGCGCCUAGAAAUUUUUAAUGAUCUCAGAAAAAAUUGAAAUAAUAUACGAUACAAAUCUUACCUCUACUAAAGCAAAAUCAGUAUGGCCCCUGGUACAGAUGUAAUGAUCCAAAUAAUUCCAAUUGUAAUUUUCAAGCUUCUCCGUUGUAAAAGAUACCCAUGAUACUUCGUACGUGUCGUGAUGAGGUGCGUGAAAUCGAUAAAGAUAAUGAAUAUUGAACGGAGGGUAAGGAUGCCUGUAAACGAUACAUUCAAAUAUUCUCUCUUUACUUCUUAUUAAUUUGUAGCGCGAUUUCUCACCUUGGCCGAUAUCUUGUUACUGUUAUACAAUUAUCGAAUAAAGAUAUUUUGUGAAAUAUUC